ACCGCAUACAACCUCCCACCAUCCUUCAUCUUCCCAUAUGUCCAACUAAAAAGCAUUAUCCAAGAACGAGUACUGCUCACAACACAAACUACAGACAACACCAACACAGAAAGAUUGGCACUGUAUGACAGAUGCCGUACGGCCCCAAUCAGAGCCCGCUCACUAUCCCUCAGCUAUGCAGCCCUAAGACACACUAACACGAUGCCAGACUUUUCCUUUAUGGCACAGUGGAAUAGGGAACAAACUAUUCGCUUUCCUAAAGAUCAGUGGCUACGAUCAAUCCUAGCGCUCAAGGGUAUCACAUCCUGCUACUCGCAUGUAGAAGCACACAAAAAAUUGAUCUAUAGAUGGUACCUUACACCCGACAAACUUAACAAAAUAUACCCACUAUCAUCAGCACAAUGUUGGAGGUGCGAACAGGACAGGGGCACAAUGAACCACAUAUGGUGGCAUUGCCCGAACAUACAACCAUUGUGGACGGAGGUCCAGACGAUCUGUAAUUCCUUAGGGGUUCUCCGGGGUAAGAUCACACCCGAGAUAGGCCUAUUUCUUCUGAUACCCAUGACCACCCCUUAUCAAGAUAGACAACUAAUGAUUAUGGUAAUCAUGGCAGCACGUAAUCUCCUAGCAUACCACUGGAAGCAGAAAGAAUGCCCAUCGUCACAGCUAUUACAUAGUAAAAUCCGACAGUACCUUAG